UGAUCAGUGAUCAACAAUGCGGUCAGAUAACCAUCUUUAUCUAGCCUAUAAAUAAAAAGCGAUUGACACAUUACAGCUGUGCAUUUUAACAGCUGUGCGGCUUUCAGCUGGUGACAGGAUGUGUUGCAAACAUUCUUUACGCGGAAGCCGUCACUUUUAUUCACUUUCAGUGAGCAGACACAGGCUCCAGAGUUCAUCUGUCUAAAAGGCUGAAGGCUCCGGGAUUCAGCCCCCACGUGUACGGACACCAUGAGGACGCUUUUACUCGGGAUAUUUAUUCUCUUUAAAGGAGCAAUUUGCACGUCUGAGUACAACUUUAACGAUGUGAUCAGACACUUUGCUGUGGGAAACGGUAAGGUGUUUGUUGUUACCGACUCUCAGCUCCACCAAAUGCGGCACGAUCUCGAAGUGGAGAAGAUUAAAGUCAUAUCAAACACCACGGACCAGAACGCAGUGAACAUCUUGUUGCCUUUCGAGGCGAACGGAACUCUGAUCACAUGCGGCACUUUGAACUGCGGACACUGCGAGGUCCUGGAUAUAAAUGAUAUAACACGAACUAUCUACAUGGAGAACUUGCCGGUUGGACCGCUUGUGAACGAAUCAUCCGUUGCGUUCCUUGUCGAUUAUCCAGGCGACAGUAAUGGCACAUACAUGUUGGUGGGGAGAGAGAAUAAUGAUGAAAAGAAAAUGUGUACCGAUGCCGGUGUGGUAUUGUACAACACUCUCUACACUCAGCAUGGUGAUAUUUUUUCUAAAUCAGACUCUGCUACAACUGAAGCCUACAUUAAGAUUCCUGGUGUUGAGUGGGUAAACGGUUUCCAGGUAUCUUCACAGUUUCAGUCCUACCUCUUCGCCAACAUUAAUUUAACCAGCAAAAUGAAAAAAGUGGUUUUCUUUAAGAUGGAUAACAACCAGAAAAAAACAGAAAUGACGAGAUCUCUGAAAGUUGCAACUUUACGCUGCUGUGAUGACCAACUUCGCCAGAAACUUGUGUCCUCUGCCUUUAUCUCGUCGGAGUCUUCUCUUUUAUGGAUGGGAAUAUUCACUGCAGAGCGUCCAGACCACCCUGAGAACACUGUGUUGGCUAUUUACAACAUUACUGCCAGCAGACCAGUGAAUCCUCCUGAAGAAAUCAGAUGCAGUCCAGACUGUCCCAGAUCAACACAGAAUAUCGAGGCUGUUGUAGAUCCCCUUGCUGUGGUAUUCAAACACAAUUCAAUGACAUCUGUGGCAGCGAAAAUUAAAGGGUCUUGGACUGUGCUGUACAUCGGAACUGCAAAUGGCCAACUGAUGAAGGUCUGA